AUGUUUGCUACCCUCGGAAAACCGAGGGAAGAGAUUCCGUACGAAAAUCGCAAGAAUUUGGCACCUGGUUUGAAAGGUUAUUAUGUUCAUAGACUUUUAGUAAAUGCUGUAGCAAUGUGGGCUUCACCUCGUUAUGCUUGUUAUAUUUUCAUGAUGUUAGAUGAACUAUAUAAAGCAGAACGUGAAGAGAUGGAAAAGAAACUUCAAGCAAAAGAUGAAGUCAUUGAAUCCAAAGACAAAAGCAUACAGAAAAGAAUACCACGUUCAGUACCAAAAGGAAAGGAAAAAAGCUAUAAGUAUAUGAUAUAUACUGAAGAGAUGGAGAAAGAAGAAGAUAAAGAUAUGGUUAUGUUGCAUUUAGUCAGAAGAAACAACAAGAGCUUUUAUGACCUCGCUCAAAUAUAUAAAUCUGACAGAAGCUGGUUCUAUCGUGAAAACUUACCGAUUUCAAUGACACCGAAUGAGCAAAUAAAGGAAAUUGUCAAAAAUACUCUUCCUCAAACACACUAUGACAUCAAAGGUUGCACAAUACUUACAUUCAAAGAAGACUUAACAUUACUGAAGGAAAAAAUAACAGAAUAUUUCGAUAACUUCAAAGAGGAAGAAUGA